AUGCAAAUAGGAAGAUAUAGACUGAUUGUGCCCGCAGCCGUUGCAAAGCCGUCGCCUUCUAUAGGUCAGACUUUGGGGCCGCUUGGUAUAAAUAUGGCUGCAUUUUGUAAAAAGUUCAAUGAGAGGACUUCCGCUAUUCGUCCGAACGUUCCGAUUCAGGUUUUAAUAGUUACACAGCAGGACAGUUCUUACAAAUUCGCGCUGAGGACACCAAGCUCACAGUGGUUCCUCAGAAGAAUCGCAAGGAUUCCGAUGGGAAGUCCGAAACCCAAACACGAGAUAGUAGGGAAUGUAACGUUAAAGGAGGUGUAUCAUAUCGCAAAGUGCAAAUCCAUGGAUCCUCCGCUGAUUGGUGUGCCACUUUAUGUCAUAUGUAAGAGGAUUAUCGGAACUGCCAAUGCAAUGGGUAUCAGAGUCACCAGAGAAUUGUUACCCGAAUUCAAAAAAAGGGAUUACUUACCAGUAUCUAAGUUAGAUCAGCUGAAAAAGGAAAUAAGAAUGCAAAGGCGCUCGUCGAGGAGAACAAAGGGGCAGAGUUGA